CUCCUGAACGAUGACGACGCCGAGCUACGGGCGAAGAUCUAACUUGCUCAAUUCUACGCAUAUGAGCAGCACCAUCUUCACGCAGCUUUUCACGUUUGCAUGCCAUUCUGGGAUGAGUCAGCGCUGGAAGCGACUACCUAACCAAGCGUCAAGGGACAAUGCUUCCAUCCAUCUUUCUGUUCCGUCCAACUCAGAAUUGUCGGACCCGUCUACGCGCAAAUCGAAAAAUGCAUAUCUCUAUUCAACGUUUUUUUCCCUCUAAAAUGUCGAAAAAGCCAACCCAAAAGCUCGCGCCUAUACAGGAUCUUCCAACAACGCUUCUGCUGAACGUUGUCAAAUACCUCCCAACGCACAGCGUCGUUGCCCUCAGUCUGACGUGCAAGACUCUGUAUGGCGACGAGGUGCUGUACGGAACCUGGAAAACCGCUCUCCGGAAAGAUCAACGAUAUGAUGCUAGUUAUAAUGGCUCAAACUCUCUUGGGUCCUCGAUCAAAAGCCUCCAGACGCGGUCUUUGACCCGAUUGUUGGAGAGGGACAUGCCCUCGCAUUUUUCCUGUGAUAUCUGUAGCAGGCUUCACCCGCAGCGUGAUCCGCUGAAGUUCAUGACUCGAGCUGAUUGCGACUCGUGGGGUGCGUGUACAAGGUACCCGACACAAGGAAACUGGUUACACUACGAUACAUGGGAUCUGCAUCUCAAUUUCGAACACUUGUGUCAGACUUUCUCCCGGCAUGUCAGAGAUACUGGAAGCGCCGCCGCAUUCAUCGCCAGUAAUGCAUUCUCCUCGGGUUGGUCACCAGGUCGCUACAGUGGUCUGCCCUGGAAAGAGAAGCUGGAUUUGAGGCCGAUGGUCCAUGAUGAGACUCUGAUCAUGCAUACAUGCCAGCGCAUUCUGUUCAACAAGAGAGAUAUCAGACCCGCCACUAAUAUCAGACCCGCCACUUCUUGUUUACAACCAAGAACAAUCUCGUCAGUUCUCAAGCCAUGUCAGUGUCCUUGUGGCACGAACGCCGCAGAUCUACUCAACAAAGUCACCAGUAUGCUACACGGCGCAUCCCGGAAGGUCGGAUCAAUUAGUACCAGACUCGAGUUUGAAAAAUGCAAGACAUGUCUGACGCAGUAUUCAGCGAACAUUCAUGAACACGAGGAGAACCUCAUAAUUUGUCUUGACGCGUGGACGACUGUUGGCUCUUUACGUCGAUACCAUGGAUUCGACACAAAGCCAGCAAAUAUGCCCACGAUCCGGUAUCCUGGUGACUAUCUUACGCUUAAGACCAUGCCACGUUUUCCAGACUACCCUGCGGUACAUCACACAUUCCCGACAACAGUGUACUCUAUUCAUAACAAGCCUCACGCCACAGGAGUCUGGACGGGACUAUCAUGUAUACCAUGCGUUUCCCUGGGACUCGGCCCCACAGCUGAGCCAACAGCUACGUUUGGGCCUACAGUCGAACCCAUAAUCACUUUCGAGCCCAUAGUCGAGUCCAUGGUUGCGUUUGGGUCUAAGUUCACAGCUACUUUUCGGACUAAGUCCAACGCUAUGUUCAAUGCCCAUAUCAGAGCGACAACCAAGCUCCUUGAGCCCGCAAGCGUGCCCAAGUUCAAGCCCACAGUCAGGCGUCCGGCUGAGUCUGAAGAUGAGUCUGAAGAUGGGCUUGGGUAUGGGAUCAGGAACGAGCCUACGAUUGAGCAUACCAUUGAGCCAAAAGCGCUCCCCCCAAGCUAUCGAUCCCUGUUCCCAACCAAGCCUGUCAGACAGACGGCUUCGGAAGGGGCCAAACCUCAAAUCGGAAUCGUCCCGCCUGCAGAGAAUGUUACCGCCCCGCCAACUCCAGACGUCAAUAUACCUGCACAAACUUCGGGGCGCGGCAAUGAAGGUCGUCUGGGGAGGAUGAUCGAGGCUCUGCGAGGAAUGUUUACUCGGGUUGCUGGUAGGAAGGGUCGUCUCUCGUGAGCCCAUAGUAACCACGUUUGGUGCCACAUGCGUCGAAAAGGGUACCAAAACGGCUAAAAAAGCAGGCAUGAAUCAGCUAUAAGUGUUUCAGGAGUCUUCAGCAGCUUUGUCAACUACUGAUCCCCAUAAGCCAACCGCCAUCAACAAACCAGCUGUAGUCAUGCAAGAUAAUUUACAUAAUGGAUGACUGCAGUGAUGCCAAUGAGUGCUCACUCAUGGAUUUCAGGAUAACUCAUAACUCUAUAACUCAUAAGUGAGCUCACUCACGCACUCAUGAGUGCUCAUAGCUAUAAGCACUCAUAAGUGCUCAUGAGUU